CCUUAAAUACCUGGGUUUUCACAGAGAUAGUUUUAUUAAACCAACAGCAGCGGAUCAAAUCUUUACUUUAAUUUUGAAUCAUUUGGAAAACAAUGAGUGGUGGAUGUCCAUACUUUGAGAAGAAGCACUUGUUAUUCAAGAGCAAGCUGCACCUGAAUGAGGAGGAGGCAGAUGACUCUCAAAAAGGAAUUAACAAGGCCAGCAAAGGUGGCAUCAUCUAUGGUGACUACCUUCAGCUUGACAAGGUUGUGACGGCCCAAGUUCUUCAGAGUGAACUCAAAGGGAACAAGAUCCACGAUGAACAUCUUUUCAUUGUCACCCAUCAAGCAUAUGAACUCUGGUUCAAGCAGAUUCUUUGGGAACUGGAUUCAGUGCGAGAGAUUUUCAUUAGUGGACAUGUUCGUGAUGAACGCAACAUGCUGAAGGUCAACACCCGCAUACAUAGGAUCGUUAUGAUCUUCAGGCUGCUGGUCGACCAGUUCUCCGUGCUUGAGACAAUGACCGCCUUGGACUUCUAUGACUUCAGAGAGUAUCUGUCCCCUGCCUCCGGGUUCCAAAGUCUCCAAUUCCGUCUGUUGGAGAACAAGAUUGGGGUCCCUGACAACCUGAGGGUCCCCUACAACAGGCGUCACUACAGGGACAACUUCAAAGGACAUGAGAGUGAGAUGCUGCUCAGUUCUGAGAAGGAGCCUUGUCUGCUGAAAUUGGUAGAGAAAUGGCUGGAAAGGACCCCAGGUCUUGAAGGCGAUGGGUUCAACUUUUGGAAAAAACUGGAAGCCAACAUCUUUCAAGGAUUGUGUCUUGAGAAAAAGAAAAUCGCGAAAAUUUCAGACUCUGAGGAGAAGGAGGAGAUGAUGGAAGAGCUGACGAAGCAAAAAGAGCUCUUCACUUCUCUGUUUGACAUCAAAAGACAUGAGCAUCUUUUGAGCAAAGGUGAGAGACGGAUCUCCUACAAGGCUCUCCAAGGAGCUCUGAUGAUUUACUUCUACAGGGAGGAGCCCAGGUUCCAGGUUCCCUUCCAACUCCUGUCCAACCUGAUGGACAUUGAUACCCUCAUGACAAAAUGGAGAUACAACCAUGUGUGCAUGGUGCACAGAAUGAUUGGUAGCAAAGCAGGCACUGGAGGCUCCUCUGGCUACCACUACCUGCGCUCUACUGUCAGUGAUCGCUACAAAGUCUUUGUGGAUCUCUUCAACCUGGCCACAUUUUUGAUACCUCGGCACUGGGUGCCCAAGCUGGACCCCAAUGAGCACACAUUCCUGUUCACUGCAGAGUACUGUGACAGCUCCUACUGCAGUAGUGAGGAUUCAGACUAGAACCUGUUAUUAACUGUCGAAAGUGGUCAGUUCAGAUGGAGGAAAGGUGACAACGAAAGGGAACCUCUUUAAACUAUGAAGACACACGUGACCCAGUGAGCAUUAUAUAAUAUAUAUCAAAUACAUUUUAUUUAUAAAGUAACAUAGUAUAUAAUCUUAACCACAUAAGCUGACUGCAUGUAUAUAUUGUUAAUAUAAUUAUUUAGUGUUUAUAAAGUAUAUUGUU